CCACGUAAAUUGGGAAACAGAAAACAUCAUUUUUCAUUCUGGCAUUGUGGAAAAGUCUGAUAUUUAAUUUAAUUGUCUACUUUAAAACAGAACGCCAGACAGUGAAAUUCAAAUGGAGUAGAUAUUAAUAUUCGUGGACUUAAAAAUGAAUGCAAAUUAUAUAGCACGUGCACUGUGCUAUCACGGACAGCCACUGCAAAAAAUCUGGGACGAUGAACGAGGUGUUGAGGAUUUGCGGUGCCUGAAUCUGACGCAGCCGAACUACGGCGUAUACCAGGAGCGCCAAAAAUUCUUUACGUUUCAGGAGCGAGCGAAACGCUUAAAAAUCCAUCAGUUCCUUGCGCGCAAAGCAUGUGAUCUGUAUGACAAGCAGCUGGUGGGCAAUGUAAUGGAGGAAUCAUGGCUAGCCCAAAUGAGCGACUGUUUUGUACCCCAACCGCCAAUUGAGUUCUUCAUGAAUGUGAAGGACAAACGCAAGGCCUGGGCAUAUCGUAUGGGCGCACUUAAGCAGGGUGACAUCAUAUGUGCCAGCGUGCAGAAACUCAUGACGAAUGCCAAUCGGAUUGUGGUCAAGCCGCUGUGCACCGCGGAACCUCUGCACUUCUAUCUGGCCGAUAUACCCAUCAAGGCAAUCAUAUUUCAGGAUCAAUGGGGUCCACUGCCGCUGGACAAACAGGGUAAUCCGCGCUCAUUUGCAGUCAAUGACUUUAUACGCUGCGAAGUUUGUAGCGUGUCCGCAGAUGUUGAACGUUUGACACUGGGUAUGUUGGGUGUGUACAACAAAACACCCGAUAUCAAAUUGGGUUUAUGCGAUCUGACUGAUUUUCCUAAAUACUAUCGUCAAGUGCAUAAUCAGGAGCAUCCGACUAUGUUGCACUAUGAGGAUCAGUUGAAUGCAGCCCCAGAAUUUGAGAAUCCAAACUAUGAUGUGCUCUUUCAGCUAAACGGAUUGCAGCCCAAUGAAAACCUAUCAUUAAUAAACUAUAUCAAAGUUGGCUUCCCCGAAUCGGACUAUGCGCCUGAGCUGCGUCAGAAACAAGCCUCACAAUGGGCAUUUCGCUCCGUGGCUGAUGGCAUUGAGCACUUUAAGAAUGGCCAACAAGUUGAGGCCUUUCAGUGUCUGAACAAGGCCCUGAACAUUGAUCCGCGCAAUGUCGAGGGUUUGGUGGCGCGCGGUGCACUCUACGCGAAUCGGGGCAGUUUCUUGAAGGGUCUCAAAGACUUUGAAAAGGCGCUAUUGUUGAAUAAAUACCAUGUGAAUGCGCGUAAAUAUAUGGGAGAAACGUUGGUGGCGCUCGGACGCAGCUAUGAGGAAGAGAAUCGCAUACCAGAUGCCAUCAAGGCGUACAGCGACUGCCUGAAUCUAUUGCCACAGCAUGAGCAAGCGCGCAUAUCACUGGAUGCCUUGCAGCAGCGACCAUCUGUCCUUAUGUCCGUGCAACCAAACCCCGAGGUGCUCAAUUUACCCAGUGCUGGCAACACUGCCGUCACAAUAGUCUCCUCGAACGACUCAAGUUCAUCUAGUGGAAGUGAGGAUAACGAGGAACAGGCCGUCAAAUCGCGCAACAAGCAAUCGUUAUUACCCAUUGAACAGGAUAAACGGGCUGUCAGUGAUGCCCUGACCAUCAACGAGUUCAAGUUGGACGACGAUGAGACCAUGAGCAGUGUGCGCAAGCUUCUACGUGAGGCUAGCAAGCACAAAAGAUCCAAAAAGAGGGGUAAAAAGAAGAAGGACAAAGACAAGGACAAGGAGAAGAAGCUCAGCAACAGCAGAAAUAGAAAGAAAUCAAAAAGCAAGUCUUCGGAUGAUGGAACGAUUACGGCCGCCGAGGCUGCUCUGGAAAUGCUCAAAAAGAUUGAUUUCGCUGAAGCAUUCAGCCGGGAUAAGGUAAUGAGUACUAGCAACAGCGAUGAGCAGCUCAAGUCUCAGCUGAAAAACUAUUUCAAGCGAAAACAGCGCUCGGAAACGCCUCCGCCUCCACCAAUUUCCACAGCAAUGCGUAAACAGCCGUCGGCAACCGCUUAUGACCUAAUGAUGGGGCCCAGCACCUCGAAACAUGCUUUAGCUGCUGCUGCUGCCAGCUUCGACGAUGAGCAGCCUCCGCCCGCGCCCAAGUUUCAUCAAGAGGAUCAUAGUUCGCCACAGCAACCACAGAAGUUCUCCUUUCAAAUUAAUCAAAAGCAGCAACAUCAGCAGCAGCAACAUCAGCAGCAGCAACAUCAGCAGCAGCAGAAGUUCUCCUUUCAAAUUAAGAAGCGUCCGUUGCAAAUGGACAAAUUUGGACUGUUACGUUUGGCUACGCCGUUAAGCUCGCACUCGCACAGUCGUAGCCGGAGUCGCAGUCGAUCAGUCAAACGACGUAAUAGUCGCAGUCGUUCGCGUGGCAGACGCACAUCGAGACGCCGGAUCAGCUCACGUUCCCGCAGUCGUAGCAGGAGCAGUCGAAGUCGCAGUCCCAGUCAUUCGCGACAUUCAAGAUCGAGAAGACGACGUUCACGUACUCGCAGUCGUAGCCGCAGUCGCAGUUAUUCAUCACCACGGUAUGUAGGUGGAUCCCGCUACAGGGGACGAGGUGGUGGCUCCUGGUUUAAACGCGACAGACGAUCCCGUUCACGUUCGUUUGGCCGAGGACGUCGAACGCCUUCGCCGUUUGUGCCACGACGCUCGCCCUCACCCUUUGGGGCACGUCGAACGCCAUCGCCGUUUGUACCGCGUCGAACACCAUCACCAGCCACUCGUUAUCGACGCACACGGUCACGGAGCAUCAGUCCGCGUCGUCAUCCAGCGACGCGUUUUCAGCCACGUGGACGUGGCCGAGGAUAUAUCCGUGGGCGGUUUCAGAAUCGCAGCUGGACCUUGGACAAUCGCAGCAACGGUAGACGCCAUAGUCCCGAAGAGGAGUUGCGACCACCAGGAGUUGAGCCCACCGUCGAAGAGGUGGAUGAAAUGAUCAAAGAAGCACAAAAGGAACGCAAACAGGGUAUUAUCGAGGGCGACAAGGAGAUACUAAAGAAACGGGCCACAAACACGUCUAGUGAUACCGCCUAGAGAUUAGGUUUAAGCUACAUAAAUCCAGUGUGGAAAUAUUCAGCGUUAAGUUUGCCUCCUUAAUACGUAGUUCUAUGUAUACUUGAAUAUUCAUGCGAAAUAUAUUAAGUAACUGAUAAAACUCAAACACAAACCUGAGCACCAAAAUAAAGAAGCUUACGAAGCAAUUUUGCAUGGUUUGCAUGCGAAACAAAUUAAUAAA